AUGAGUUCGACUAACGUUGUUUCGACGAUCAUCAAAUCUGGUUUUAAUUCUAGUCUUUUACCUGGUAUAAUUCUCAAACGUCAAACAUCUGAUCUUUUGUUAGCCGAUCUGAACAAUUUUUUGGUUUAUUUGAAACGCAUCUGUGCAUUUAUUCUCGGUUUUACAUCUUUGAAUUCGAUUGACAUCGAUCGAUUCUUUGCUGAUCAAUCAUCAUACGAUUCGGUUGAAAGAUUCGUUGCUGAUAGUCGAUGUCAAGUCUUAUUCGUCUCGCAAAUAAAUCCAUUUAAUGAAUAUUCAUCGUUAAUUAAAAGAGAUGUUAGUGCCGAUGUUUCAACAUCAAUAGUCACUUCAUCUUCUUCCUCGUCGUCGUUGAAUCGCUAUGCAUUGUCGAACGAAAUUCAUGAUAUUAAUCCUAAGUGCUUAUUACUUGUUGUGCUCAAGCGGGUUCCAACGAUUGUCAAUGACAAAAACUAUCACACACAGCUUCAAAUCAUCGAUUUUAUUGAUUCAAAUCAUCAGAAAGCAUUAUUUGGUGAAUUACUCGAUGGACAAUGUAUUAAUUUACCAGAAAUAAUUCUAAAAACACAUGUUGUUUCUGCUCAAAAUAUUGAAAAUUUGAUCGGUAAUGUAAUUCAAGAAUCGAUGAAUAUUAAAAACAACGAUCAAUUAAAAAGUCAUUUACCAAAAAUCUGUUCACAUCUGGUUGUUCUUGAGUUGUGUACAACAUUUCUUUAUCCAACAUUUGAUGAACAAGAUUUAUUACUUUAA